AUGGGCCGUGAUACAAACCUCGUCGAAUGGGAUGGCACCGACGACCCCGAAAACCCCCAGAACUGGCCCGUGGCCAAGAAAUGGCUCAUCACCACCAUCCUCUCUACCCUGACCUUCUGUGUUACCUUCGCCAGCAGUGUCUUCAGCUCCGCCACCGAUGCCGCCGCCCACGAGUUCCAUGUUAGCCACGAGGUCAUGGUGCUCGGCUCCAGUCUCUUUGUCCUGGGCUUUGCUCUCGGUCCUAGCGUCUGGGGCCCUCUGUCCGAGCUGUACGGCCGCAAGGCGCCCUUGUUCGUCGGCUUCUUCGUGUCCGCCAUCUUCCAGAUCCCCGUCGCCGUCGCCCAAAAUACCGAGACCGUCCUCGUAUGUCGUUUUCUGGCUGGCGUCUUCGGCUCCUCUCCCAUUGCCGUCGUCGGCGGCGCACUGGCUGACAUCUGGGACAACGUCGAGCGAGGCGUCGCCGUUUGCUCCUUCGCUGGCGCCACCUUCGUCGGGCCCUUGGCCGCUCCCAUCGCUGGGAGCUUCAUCACGGAAUCCUAUCUGGGCUGGAGAUGGGUCGAGUGGCUGACGCUCAUCAUCAUGCUCUUCUUCGGCAUCGUCGCCGUCAUUUUUGUCCCUGAGACGUCCGGGCCCUUGCUUUUGUCACGACGCGCCAAGAAAAUUCGCUUCGAAACUAAGAACUGGGCCGUUCAUGCUGCCUACGAUGAGCAGCAAGUCGAUCUUAAAGCCAUUGUGGUCAAGUAUCUAGCUCGUCCUUUGAAGAUGUUGGUCCUGGAACCAAUCUUGCUACUUCUGACCAUUUACUUGGCUUUUGUCUACGGUAUCCUUUAUUUGUUCUUCUUCUCUUACCCCAUUGCCUUCCAUACCAAGCGUGGAUGGUCCGCGGGUCUUUCUUCGCUACCUUUCAUCAGCAUCAUCAUCGGCAUCAUAUUCGGUGCCUCCUUUAUCGUGUGGUACACGGUGACUCGUUAUACUGCCCUGCAGAAAAAGUACGGCCGCGUAUCACCCGAGGAACGUCUCCCCCCAAUGAUCGUUGGUGGUAUUCUGCUACCAAUAGGACUCUUCCUGUUCGCCUGGACGAGCGACAAGCACAUUAUCUGGGUUCCCCAGGUAAUUGCAGGUAUUCCAACUGGCGCAGGGGUCCUUAUCAUCUUCAUUCAGGGCUUCAAUUACAUUAUUGACGUCUACCUCAUGUAUGCUAACAGCGCACUGGCGGGCAACGCCCUUAUCAGAUCCCUUCUGGGCGCAGUAUUUCCCCUGUUUGCUGGCGCUUUGUACGGUCGCUUAGGAGUUCCUUGGGCGACUAGCCUCCUCGGAUUCAUUUCAGUUGCCUUGGUUCCCGUGCCGAUUACAUUCUGGUUCUAUGGCAAGAGAAUCAGGGAGUGGUCACGCAUGAGCUUGAACAAGGACUAG